AGUCAUUUGGGAUGGUACCAAUUUUGCCUAACAUUUGUACAUAUAUGUUGAACAUUUUGAGUUAGAUUAGCGAGGUGAGUAGGACCCAGCUUAUUCACUCUAAUGGUGAAUAUUUUAAAAAUUCUUUUCAUAUUUUUUAAUAAUCAUGGGUGUAAUCUUAUAUAAUUGUCUUAUAUAAUUCAGUCUCAGUCUAUGUGCUUUAGACAUUCCAAGUAGUUCGUGAACACGCAUUCAUAUUACAGGCAGACAUACAUGCAUAUCUCUUGUUUCUGGUAUGUUUCUACACACUGACAUUUAAAAUUUUCAUUAGAUAGAAAUCAUCCUGAUGCAAGGUUUUAAUACAAAACAUUUUUCUCUUUGUACUCUAGAGAUGAGCAAUCAGGAUGUAAUUUAUUUAACCCCGACAUUUCUUCAGUCUUCUUCAGAGUCACAAAAUAUGUUAAGGCCUGGUGGUACUCAAAGGCCUGGGAAAAGUGGUGACAAAGGGUUUUCAGUACCCUGGCGUCUCGUUGCAGUGGCUCUUGGGAUCCUCUGUCUACUUCUAAUGAUGACAGUCAUAGCGCUGGGGACAAUGAUUUUUCAGUAUGUUCAAGAAAAACAUCAGCAGGAUGAAAUUCUACAAGAUCUCAGAGAAAAGUACCACAAUAUGCAAAAUGAAAACUACUUAACAAAGCAACUUUUGAAAAAUAUGACUUUGGCAUCUGAUAGUCUAGAAAAUAAAAACCUUCAGGGGAAAAGUAAACUAGUCUCACUCUUAAGAGAAAAUAAAAUAUGUCAUAGAAAGAAGAAAACCUUUCCAAAAUCCUUGCAAAAUACAGGCAAACUCAGUGAAGAAGACUGGUCCUGUUGUGGAGUAAAUUGUUACUUAUUUACCAUCGAAAAGAAAAACUGGAAGGGAUGCAAACAGACUUGUCAAAAUUAUACAUCAUCUCUUUUGAAAAUAGAUGAUGAAGAGGAACUGGCCUUCCUUCAGUCCCAGGCAUACCAAAAUAACUACUGGAUUGGAUUAUCAUAUAAUGAAGAGAACUAUAAAUGGGAAUGGAUUGACAAGGGCACAUCUGGAAUUCACUCUACAAUAAUGAAUAUGGCCUCUGGGAGAGGAAAAUGUGCAUUUUUAGCCUCAACGAGAAUAACAACUGUGGAUUGCUUUGGAACCUACAAUUGUAUCUGUGAGAAGAGAAUUUUCCCUGCUCUUAAAUAAAUAUGCUUUUACCAUACACAAAGAGGAAAAGGGCUUGGUCCAUUGUGGAAACGGAGAUGAGCUGGAAGGGAAGAAAAUGCUCUUUCGGACAACAAUUUGAGAGAUCAGACGUCAUGGGUCUUCUCAGAGGAAAGAAAGUUGCCUUUGGAGAGAAGUUACCCCUCUCUUCAGUGGACCUGCAGAAUUGUUCUCUUUCUCUUUCCUGGAACUACUCACAGAACCAAUAAGAAAACUCAUAAAUACCUGGGUCUUCUCCUUAUUUUUAGGAUAAGUCACUGCAAUAACCUCUGGCUUUGAGAGAUAGCACAAUUAAGAACUAAAAACAAAAAGAUAUCUUCCCCCCCCCCCCACUCAUCUAGAUGCUUACUUCUCAUCUUUAAAAAUAUAUUUUGCUAUAAUUUCAAACUUCCUGAGUAGUUGAAACAAUAGUAUAAGGAACUCGCAUAUAACCUUUACCCAUAGACCAUUUGUUUAUAUUUUACUAUCUGCACUUUAUUGGCUUCUUUCUCUCUCCCCUUGCUGAUCUGUUUGAUAAUAAAUUGGGAAUAUUAUGUCCUUUAUCUAAAUAUUUUACAAGAACAAGGACUUACUCUGGUAUAACCAUAGCCCAGUUAUCAAAAUCAGGAGAUUUAGCACUGAUAUAGUACUAUGCUUUCUCCACAUUCCAUAUUUAAAUUUUGUCACGUGUCCCAACUUGGGGACUGGGAUCGAACUAUUAAGGAAAUGCAAAUCAGAACUACAGUGAGAUGCCACCUCACACUUGUUCGAAUGGCUGUUAAGAAGACAGGUCAUAACAAGUGUGGGAGAGGUUGUGGAUCUAAGGGAGCCCUCACUCAGUGCUGGUGGGAAUGUAAACUGGUACAGCCACUGUGGAAAACAGUAUGGAGGUUCCUCAAAAAGUCAGAGUUA